AUGCUUUUUCGUCAGGUUCAGCAGCGCCUGCUAAAAGUCCAGGUUAUACCUGUACGAACGGCUACAAAGCGUGCUUCAGGUGGUAACAAGGCUACCAACAACACAGCGGGUCGCCGGCUUGGUCCUAAAAAGGGUGAGGGUCAGUUCGUUCAGGCCGGACAAAUUAUUUGGCGUCAGCGAGGUACCAAGUGGUAUCCUGGUGAAAACGCGGGUGUUGGCCGUGAUCAUACUAUUUAUGCCCGUGAGCCAGGAUUUGUGCGCUACUAUCGUGAUCCUUUCCAUGCGAAACGCCGGUUUAUUGGUGUAGCUUUGGCUCCCCAAGAAACUUUACCGACUCCUCAUUUUGCACCCCGUCGUCGCCGAUUUGGCUAUAAGCCCAUCGAUAAUGAAGACGUUGCGGACUUUGAGAAGUCGUAUUUGACUAAAAAGGAGACUGAGCGCUUGUUGGAACGCGAAGCUCAACUUGAAGAUCGUCUCAAUAAACGAGCCACUCUCCAGGAAGAGUACCAGAAGGCUCUGGCUGAGCUAGUCCCUGAGCUUUCUGAGGAGGAACUUGAUCUUCAAGCUGUUCGUUUCAUUGAGAUCCGUAAAUACAUGAACGGUGGCAUGGCUUUUGAGGUUUCUCGCGAGAUUGUCGAUUCCCACAACCGGGCUGAUCUCGCUGUCGAGGUGAAGACUGGACGUCUUUCGGCCGAGGAGGCCGAUAAAGGGCAAAAGGAGAUUGAUGUCUUGAAUAAAAAGGUGGACGAUAAGGCCAUGGUUGCUAUGGUCGAUGCCAAGUUUGUAGUCGUCAAGUUCGCGACUCCAGAGCAAAGGGCUGAGAUGAGAUCUGAGCUCAUUAAACAGAUCGCGGAGCUUACGAAGGGCCAUGAAGUUACCCCCGGUGAGGUUAUCGAGAAGGUUGAGUUGCUACUGAAGAAGUCAGUUUUCAGUACUGGUGAUCGUGUGACACUCCGCCGCAAGCAUCUCCGCCGGCCCUUGCCUAUCCCCAUCAGCCCAGAAAAUCGCAAAGAGUUUGAGAAACUGGCCAAGAAGGGAGAAGGUGAGAUCCGUAAGGUCUGGCUCUCCCAGCAGCAGACCAUGCAUGAGUUUUAUAUCCCGACUGGCGCUUCCAUGAUCUUCAACUAA